AUGAUGACUAUGGAGCUUCUUGAGAAAAAUACAGGGAUGGAGAAUGAAACCGAGAGUGCCAAUGUUGAGAAUGGCAGCAAUACUGAAGAAAAACUAAAUACUGCAGCUGAAAAAGAACAGGAAGCCCAAGACGGCAAACAAGAACCACCCAAUCCAGAUUUGCCUGCGCUAGUUGAUCUCCAGUGUGAGGGUCCACUGCCUGCACAUGUUGAAGACGACCAACCGGAAGCUUUAAAGCCUGCACAUGUUGAAGACGACCAGUGUGAAGCGCCGCAGCCUGUGCUUGCAAAACAAGAGCCUGUUCUCAACCUCAACAAUGAAGUUGUUCGGAUGAGGAAAGAGGUGAAGAGGGUGCGUACCCUGAUUAUUAGGAAACUGACCAGACAAAUUGGGGCACUGAAGAAGAAGAAAGGCAAAGAUGCUGAUCUUGAGCGAAAUAAAAGACGGGCAUCUAGACUGCUGGAAGAGAUUCACGCUAUCAAGACCCUUGUUCCAGAUUUGGUCACCAAGACGGCAUUGCAGAAGACACUCAAUUUCGAACAGGCGUGUAAAGACCCCAAAUCGACUAUUUCUGAUCGGGCUAUGGCACGUAUUGGCACCCACCCCCAGUUCAGCAAGAAGAUUGAAGCAAUCAAAGCAGCUGUGAAAGCUUUCAAAGAGGAGAGGACCGAUGAAUUGAAGUCUGGGUUAAAGCUGUGGCUCGCUGCUUUAGGAAUAAGUGAGCCUCCGUACUCUUCUAGGGCAGCUGUGUGUAGCAUGCACUUUAGAGAAGAUGACUACAUUAAAGAAGAAUAUGCUCUCUAUGAAUCGCGUGUGGCUUUGAAGCCCGACGCUGUGCCGUCUAUAUUCUCUCUGCGUAAUCGCCUGAGAAAGGAACAAGAAGGACAAACAACUUCACCAAAAGAGGAAGAUGAUGUUGUGCUUAGCAGACCACGUGAUCUCGGAUCUCUUGGAAAGAUAACUGCAGAGUUUACGAAACUCCUACAAUCUAGCUCCGACGGAGUGGUGGAUCUCAAUGAAGCUGCCAUGAAACUCAAUAUUAGAAAAAGGAGAAUCUAUGACAUCACAAAUGCCUUGGAGGGUAUCAAUGUCAUAAAAAAGACAUCCAAAAAUGUGGUUACGUGGAUGGGUUGGCCUCCAGCAUUCAUGGAGGAUAGUCUGAAACUUCUCGAUCAUAAGGAGAAAAGACUGGAUGACUUGUUAAGAGUCACUAAACGACAAAUUAAAGAAUUAUAUGAAGCUAUUCUAUAUACUAGAUUUGCCUAUUUGACCUAUGAGGAUAUCCAAAGCCUACCAAUGUUUGAGGACCAGGCUAUAUUGGUGAUCAAAGCUGCAUCUGAAACAAAGCUGGAGGUGGCCCACCCGAAAGAGUGUUACCAGAUUCACGUUAAAAGUGAAACUCGCCCAGUGGAAGUUCUGGUCUGCACUGAUAUUUUGGAUGUCUCGCCAAACCAACGCCUAAGACCCACAUUUGAUGAUGGGGACUACUCCAGAGUUCCACUGCGACGCCUAUCCACUGUUCCGGUACCUUCCACAGAUAAUGCCUAUCACAACAAUGUCAAUGCUACCUCCAACUCUCCAUCGGCGCCGUCACAGCACAUUAUGCAGCCCACGUCCCCCAAACCCUCUUCUUCAAUUCCACUUGUCGAGCCCCAGUUGAACUAUUCUCCCCCCUGCCCCCUUACCACCAUCUCUAUAAAGGAGGAAACUAUCAGUGUAGAUAUAACCCCAGACGAGCCCCUGAAUGCUCCUGUGGAGAGACUCGAACAGCCGAACACAGAUAUCCACAUGGCAGAUGUAUGA